ACACGCAGUGCUGCUGCGAGGUACAAUCAGUGGAGAAGAGUCAGGCGGCGGAGUCUCGGCUGGGAGUGACUGGACGCUGCGGACUGCCGGCCGGGUAGGGGCGCUGGACCGGGGGGAGCCCCUUCAGGAGGAAGCACUAGAGCUGCGUGGCGAUGAGGCAGCGGAGAGGAUGAUCAGACCCUGGCAAGACUCACUCCACAGGAACCGUCCCGCCCAAGGUAUGAGAAAUGAGUGUUGGAAGGAGAAGAUUCAAGCUGGUGGGGAUCUUAAUGAUGGUAAACUUCUUCAUCUAUGUCAUCGUUGAAGUAUCGAAGAGCGACAGCCAAGACAAAAAUGGGAAAGGCCAGGUUCUAUUACCUACCGGUCAGUUCUGGAGGAAGCGGGCAGCAAGCGGAGCUUAUUGGAAUAGAGAGCAACAAAAACUCGACCGCUUGUACAAUCCCAUCCUAAACCUGCUCAAUAACGCUACCGUGGAAGAGAUGGUGGCUUCCAACGCAAGUCUUUUAAAUUCAUGCGAAAUGGAUCUAAAUAUACGGUCCGAAAUCAAGGAUUUUGACAGCCUGCCAGACAGAUUUAAAGACUUCCUUUAUUAUAUAAGAUGCAAGAACUAUUCUCUGGUGUUGGAUCAGCCACAUAAAUGUAAAGAUAAGCCUUUCUUGCUGCUGGCCAUCAAGUCCCUUACACCACAGUUUGAUAGACGACAAGCCAUACGGGAGUCCUGGGGCAAGGAACUGAAAGUGAACAACAUGACUGUGGUCAGAGUGUUUCUCCUUGGAGAUACUCCACAGGAGGAUCAUCAUCCCGAUCUUUCUGGCUUGAUAAAAUAUGAAAGUGACCGGUAUAAAGACAUCCUUCUCUGGAAUUACCGAGACACUUUCUUCAAUUUAACUCUUAAAGAAGUUCUCUUUCUGAAGUGGGUAAGCCAUUCCUGUCCCGACGUCCAGUUUAUCUUUAAAGGAGACGAUGAUGUUUUUGUAAAUACCCAUCAGAUCCUGGAUUACUUGAAGACCAUCUCCACAGAAAAGGCCAAAGAUUUAUUUGUAGGGGAUGUGAUUAAGGAUGCCGGACCUCACAGAGACAAAAAGGUGAAGUACUAUAUUCCCGAGAGUCUGUACGCAGGUUCCUACCCUGUGUAUGCUGGGGGCGGGGGCUUCCUUUAUUCAGGCCAUCUUGCUUUAAGACUCUACAAUGCAACAUCUAGGGUUCUCCUUUAUCCGAUUGACGACGUAUAUACUGGAAUGUGCCUUGAGAAGCUAGGGCUCGCUCCAGAGAAACACAAGGGGUUCAAGACUUUUGAUAUAGAGGAGAAACAAAAAAAUAACAUUUGUUCGUAUUCCAAUUUAAUUUUAGUCCAUCCUAGAAAACCCCAAGAAGUGAUUAAGAUUUGGUCCAAGCUGCAAGACUCUAGUUUGAAUUGUUAAGAUGGGAGUGCAUGGUCUACGCCUUGCGGAAGGAUUUCUGAUUUGCACUGCUUAUAUCAUGAGUACAUGUCUUUAUCACACUGAAUGUUUCCAAAGACGUUGCUGAACCAGAAGGCUGUAAAUCUAUAUAUUUUUCAUGUUUCCUUCCUUUUUUUUGUUUGUUUUUGUUUUAGGGUACUUUCACACUUGCGGCAGA